AUGGUUCGUGAUGCGCUAGAUAAGGUGAAGUUGAUCCAGGAUUGCCUUUGGAUAGUGCAGAGUAGGCACAGGAGUUAUGCAGACAUGAAGGUUUGUGGUGUUGCUUUUAUGGAUGGCGAGAAAAUACUUUUGUUAUUUUUGCCUGUAAAGGGCGUGAUGAGAUUUGGAAAGAAGGGCAAGUUGAGUCUAAGGUUUAUUGUCCCAUUUGAAAUCUUAAAGGGAGUGGGGGAGGGUGCUUAUAGGCUUACAUUGCCUCCCAUGAUAGCAGGGCUAUAUUCGGUAUUUCAUGUUUCUAUGCUUAAGAAGUAUCAUGAAGACAAGUCGCAUAUAUUGGACUUUAGCACAGUACAGCUUGAUGAGAAUAUGAUAUAUGAAGAAGAGUCGGUAGCUAUUGUGGAUAGGCAAGUUCGGAAGUUGAGAUCUAAGGAUGUUCCUUCUGUGUAA